AUGUCGGGAGCGGAGAGACCAAGAAAAGAGCAAGCCUUGAGCAAGGUGCUUGUGGAAGGCUUUCCUGAUCCAGGCACAUUCGAAAAUAUUCCCAGAGUCAGGAAGAUAGGUCCAGAGUCGACUGAGCCACGUAUGAAAGACAAGGUGUGCAUCAUAACAGGCGCGAAUUCGGCAUUGGGUAUCGGUCGGGCCACUGCGCACGAGUUCGCUCAGAACGGAGCAAAGGCCGUAUAUCUAUGUGAUUUUGUCGACGACCUCCUCGAAACCCACAAGCGAGAGUUGAACUCCCUGUACCCGAACACCGAAAUACACAUACGACAGUUCGACGCGGGAGAGGAAGCUGCAGUCAAGGCUGUCGUGGAAGAGGCGUUCAACAAGUAUGGCAGAUUAGACGUCUUCUUCGCCAACGCCGGAAUGGCUGCUUCAAAGAUAUUCACGGAGACCACGCCUGAAGAGUUCAUGCAAAUGAUGAAGACAAAUACCCUUAGCGUCUUUCUCGCGGCGAAGCACGCCGCCAAAGCCAUGAUGCAAAACAAGCCAUAUCCCACAGGCUCAAUCAUCGGCACUGCUUCAGUCGCUGGCAUUCGGUCUAAUGCGGGCUCGAGCAGCUAUUCUGCUUCGAAAGCCGCCGUUAUCAGCCUCAUGCAGACCAUUUCUUACCAGCUCGCUGGCACCGGAAUCAGGUGCAACGCCGUCUGCCCUGGUAUCAUCGAGACUGGCAUGACAUCUGCUAUGUAUGAGGCAGCGCGGAAACGAGGAACGGAGAAGAAAAUAGGUCAGCUCAAUCCGCUUAGAAGAGGCGGCGUGGCCGACGAAAUUGCGAGGGCGGUGCUCUUCCUCGCUAGCGAUGAGAGUAGUUACGUGAACGGACAGGCAAUACCUGUAUGCGGCGGAUUGAGUGCUGGACAUCCAUAUGUACUAGGUAAAAUGGCGUAA